AUGCCCAGUACCAAAAAAGCUGCUGCAACCCAUUUAAAAAACACAAAAAAAACAGUAAAAGGCUCCUUACGAGAAGUGUCUAUAGACACUGCUGAAGAAUUUAACAGUAUAAACAUUGUGAUUAUUCCUGGAAAGAAGAUAUGCCCAUCUUGUCGGAAAGAACUUUCAAAAAAAAUACAGGAAUCAAACGAGGAGAACCAGCAAAUCGCAGACAUAUCUGAUUCGGAAACUGGGAACGAAAGUGACACAGAAACUAUGUCUCUCGGAAGCCAUGAGGAAAUGCUGAGGCACAAUCUUGAUGCGAGUCUUGAAGUAAUGGAUCUGAGCCCUAUCAAGUUGCACGGUGUUGCAUCUCACUCCAAAGUCGUUUUAG